AUGGAUAGUGACGUGUAUGUAAAUGAGGUGAUUCCAACGUGGCAAGCACGUACUAAGGCCAAAUCUCGUUCGUACAGAGCCGGCCUGCAGUUCCCUGUGGGCCGAGUCCACCACCUUCUCCGCAAGGGCAAUUACGUCGAGCGGAUUGGGGCCGGCACACUGGUUUACCUGGCAGCGGUGCUGGAGUACCUGACGGCCGAGGUCCUGGAGCUGGCGGGCAAUGCGACCCAUGACAACAAGAAGAUGCGCAUCAUCCCGCGUCACCUGCAGUUGGCCAUCCGUAAUGACGAAGAGCUCAAUAAGCUGUUGGGCGGUGUGACCAUCGCUCAGGGCGGUGUCCUACCCAGCAUCCAGGCAGUGCUGCUGCCCAGGAAGACCGAGAGCCACCACCACAAGGUUCAGUGCAAGUAACACUUCACAAGUUGCAAAGCCAAGUGAGUAACCUGAAUGUCUAAAGGAGAAAAGCCCCAAGCUGAAACCAAAGCCACUCACAAUUACUGAGAAACAGCUUAGGUUUAGAAAGAGACUACAGAGCAGUAAUUGGUACCAAAAAAGAACUCACCACAACUAACGCUAACAGAACUCUGAACUCUGAAAAGUAUGUAGCUCCGGUGACACCCCUGAAACAGUUUAACUUCAUAAAAAUUUUCCCAACGAAACUCGUGAACUUGGGUGUAAAUUUUUUUACAUUUCAGAGUAGAUAGAGCAAACAUCCUAGCGGGCUCCUGGCGGGAUGGGGGUGGGGUUGGAGGAGAUGCCAUUCUCCUUGGGGAAAGAAGCAAAUUUAGGAUUGUUCUGACAAUGAACACAAUUCCCAAGAAAGAAUUAAGACGCAUGAUCUUUAGGGAGGAUAAAGUUAGACUAAACGAGUGGAUUAAAAGCAAAGACUGGUGAAGUUGCAGCUUUUGGCUUAACUCAUGUUUGGAGAGUAUGUCAACAGAAUGUCAGCCAAGCAGCUAGCAAGUCAGUAUGCAUCACGGCUUCUUGUUCUCUCAAGUGCUUUCUAGCAAGGGAUUUCCAAGAGUUCUAGGAUGGUUCCAUAUCCUGAAAUCUCUAAGCAUGACAUGUUAAGCCAAAAGAUAAAAGACAUACUUGACAGCUAACUACAUGA